AGUCUUCCUUCUUAAGCAGUGGCCUCUGGUUUCUCCAAAAAAGUCCAACGCUCGACCCUCCAAACAAACAACGCCCGUGCAUGACAACGGAAACCCGGACCCUUCCCUGACUGAAAAACGAACCACAAAGGUUCUCGGAUUCUCUUCAGGUUCUCAAGUCUGCCCCUCGGUUCUACCUACCUACCUACCUACCUACCUACCUGCCUGCCUGCCUGCCUACCUCUACCUACUCGACACUGGGCUUUUCAUCCGUUCGUUGAAGCUUUCAGGUUCCAGGUUCCAGGUCCCUUGUUGGCUUCCACCUUCUCUCUACGGCGCUCGUUCGUGAGUGGCCCGUUCACGGCAACCUUGAAAUUCCACUUUCUAGCUUGACGUUGCUUCCCUUCACCUGCCUGGCAUCCCGUCACCAUUCACAAAACGGAUCCGACCUGUGACCUACCUCUACCGGACCUCCCUCUGCUGCACUCUGGCCGUCUUUCCCUCCCGCAACUCACCUCACCUUUUUCCACAUUGCUUCCACCAGCGGCAAACUACUUACCCACCUCCACUGCACAAACCCAAACCCACACCUGCUGCCGCAAAUCACUUACACACCAUUACCACCACCGCCAAAGCACCGCCAGCACCGCCAACCAUAGCAACAUUUCAACACCUCUUUGCUCGCCCUGGAGUGACCUAACUACCCACGUUGUUAUUUCAUUUCGGACAGGGGAGGCCCAUCGUCGCUUGCUUGGAGUGCUUGGUCAGGUAACUCCUUUAGACGUUGCCAAUCGUGCCCUGCACAUCUCAUAUUUUAUCUUCUCAGUUGCAUGACUUCAUUGCCCGUCUUUUGCCCAGAAGCUGCCUCUCUAAGCAUCGCGCCACCAUCCCAGUCGUCAUGGCUGAUCAGUGCAUUGUCUGUCUAGAGACUCUAGACGUCCAACUACCCCCAGACCCACUCCCUUCGUCCUUCGUCAGCGCUCCUGCCGGCCCUGCUACAGGGGAUCCAAGUGAGCCCGGAGCGCCCGCCGCAUCCAUCGAAGUAGACGCAGUUACACCCAAGGACGAUGCCGGCAACAGCGACAACAGCCCCGUUAGCACAACCGCCAGCAACACAGGUACCCGGAAACACGACAACAAACACGACCAUGUAGCCGAGAUCCAAGUUUGUGGCCACGCGCUGCACGAUUCUUGCCUACGACUAUGGACCGACAAGGCCAAUAGCUGCCCCAUUUGCCGCCAGCAAUUCCACCUGGUGCAUGUGUACGACAAGAUAGGAGGCAAACUCCUGAAUUCCUACCAUGUCGAGGAUAAGAAGCAGGUAGCCGAGUUCGACCCCCAACAAUGGCUUGACGAGAAUCCCGAGCCCGAAGAGGAUGUUAGCCUACCGUGCCCAGUCUGCAACCGCUCAGAUAACGAGGAGGUUCUACUGCUGUGCGAUGGGUGCGAUGUGCCAUAUCAUACGUAUUGCAUUGGCCUGGAGAGGGUCCCGCCUAGCCACUGGUUCUGCAUGGAAUGUGCGGACGUGCUAGGUGAGGAUAUCAACGCCCAAGAUGGGAUGCCCGAAGACUUUGCGCCAGCUCCGAGAACCCGUCGUGGCUCUCAGAACGCCCGGCGCGAGCGCGGCAACUACUAUUUCCCACGAACCCAAGGCAGCAUGCGCCGGGCCAGGAUAAGAGCUCGCUCUGACGAGUGGCAAGGUGCUUGGGGUAGGAUUGCCGGCAGAGUUUGGGAUGCCCUGAGCUUGGACCUUGACUAUCAGGAUGACGAUGGUGACGAUGGAACACUCGAAGACCUGGAGAAUUACCGCCGCUCACAGCGACUUAGGGAGCAGGAGAGGCUAGAGCAUGAGCGGUGGCAGCAGCGUCUGAUGAUCGCCACUAGACUGGGGGCUCGAGACGUCUUUACCACCAACAUGCCUAGUGUGUUUCAAAGUCGGUAUAUCCCGCGCGAACCGUCCCCUCAACAGACACGCGAAGAAGAACGCGCAUGGGGUGCUUUUGAGAUGGCCAGGGGUAACCAGGAGAGCUCCGCGAGUCGCAAGCGCAAGUCACGCUCCAUUAGUGGUGAAGAAGUCGAAGCAUCACACCAUGAGCCGGAGAGGAAGCUGAAAAGGCCUCGAACGCGGAGACUACACACCCAUCAGAACGGGGAACCAUCCACCUCUGCGGCGAAUCAGCCGAGCUCAUCCACCACCGCCGGAUCAUCAGCAUCCGCCGAAGCAGCGCCGUCUUUCUUAUCGUCGUUGCUCAAGGAAGUAGAGAUGAGCACGCCUUCUGAGGAGGAUGGCUUCCGAGAUCUUCCCGAAUUUCCUGUUCCAGGAAGCAUCGACACGGGGUCGCCGAUUCCUACCUAUGUCAGUCCCCGGGCAACAACACCGCCGAUGGUCAUGAGCCGGCCGAGUUCCCCUGGCCUCAGCUCCUAUCUGGCCCCUGUCUAUGCUCCAGCAAACUUUUCGCUCAACCGACCAACAUCACCGACAGCUAAGACUUCCCGGUCGUCCUCGCCGAACAACAGACCUAGGAGUCGAACCUCGCCCGAGAACAGUGACACGGAGCAACAGCGCGGUCGUUCCCGCCAGCAAACUGGCUCGGCAGCCGCUGGUGGAUCAUCAUCGUCGGCAUCGAUGCCUAUCCAGACAUCGCUAGCGCGGCGGCCUCAUCCCGAUGCUUCACACAGAUCCCCAGAGACAUCGCCAUCACGACCCGCUCUACCUCGAGACGUCAAACAGAGCAUCAACAGUAUAGUUCGGGGAGCAUUAAGGCCUCACUGGCAUUCGCAGAAAAUCACUGCGGAGCAGUACGAGGCCAUCAACCGAGAUGUGUCGAGGAAGCUUUACGAGGAAGUGAAGAAUCCUGCAAUGGAUCUAGGCGAAGAGCUGAAACAGAGCUGGGAGAAGCUUGCGGCCAAGGAGGUUACUAGGGCGGUUGAACAGUUGAAGGCCUGAGUUGACACUUGGCUCAUUGGGAGCUGACCAACAACAUGCCCGACUAUCAUGAUGCCUAUCGCUUUUGAUUGGCAGGGCGUUUCGGUAAUGGGGGUUCCAGAGCUCUGUGGGGAUUACAUUGCAGGUACAAUGAGGGCUUGGAAACAGAGCAAAGUGUGAGCGCGGAAAAAGGCGUCGGACUUGGUCCAGCAUCCAAGCGGUUGCUGGCACGGAAGCUUUGCUCAGUCAUCGUUGAUCAGGAUGACGCUUAUGUAUUGGGCAUGAUAGAAAGGAGAAGUACUUUCUGAUCACUCAUGUGAUGUAUAUGUUAGAUGGUGUAUGGUAUCAGGGCCGGCUGGGGUGAAUCUGGGUAAAUAUCCUGGCGGACAACUGGCGUGCGGUAGUUUUUAUACAUUAGGAUCUUUUCAAUGAACAGACAUGACUUUUUU